CAGAAAACACGACAAAAGACUGAAAACUGAAAUCAACAGAAAUCAAGGUGAAGGUCUGAUGUAAGCUAGGUCCUGAUUUUGCGUAUUCGUACAGUUCUGUCACGAAAAAUAGUCGGAAAAAUUCCGGGAAAAUCAAUAAUACAUAUUUUUCAAUCGUCCUGUGUUCUCAACAUUAAACUCCUCACAUAUAAACAUCUCUACUUUCAACAAGCAUGUCUCAAGAAAACAGUAAAAAUUUGAAAAAGUGGGUGGUACCGUCCUUUGGAGGAUGCUCAAUCGACGACGUUGCUCCCAAGUCGGCGAAAAAGCGGCCGAAUCGUCCCACAGGCCGCAGUGGAAUUUGUAAAUUUUCGACAGAAAUCAGCUGGGUGGAAAAGCACAGUCCCUGCUCCGUUAGUGAACUUGCUGUGCACAAGAAAAAGGUCGACAGUGUCUACGACUGGCUUAAGUCAGCAACUUCUGGGCAGUCAAAGGCAAAGUUUUGCUGGUUGAAGGGCCCUUCUGGCAGUGGAAAAAGCACAACGGUCAAAGUGGCCGCCCAGGAGUUGGGAAUCGACGUCAAGGAAUGGAUCACCCCCAGCAGUAAUUUCUUCUACACAGAAAAUGAUGACGGAGGCAGAAACUACGAAGACUACAGAAGUGACACAGAUUUGGUACGGGAGUUUGUCAUCAAGGGAAGCCGCUUCCCCAGCUUGUUUGCUCCGAACCUUUCCAAGUGGAUUGUCAUGGUCGAAGACUGGCCGCUGGUCCUUCUGCAAAACCCAACAAAGUGGCACAAUAUUUUGGAAGAAUUUGCAGAAAUCGGAAAGUGCCCUCUAAUUAUGGUGACAGGAGAGGAGCAGGUUUACUCCAAACUUGUCCCCGAUUUCUUCGUCCAAUCAUUCGGAAUCCAAACAUUCUCAUUCAAUCCUUUGGCGCCAACUUUGCUGAAGAAAAUUCUGACCGAGGUGGCCCAGAAGGAGGCGCCGUCGAAUGUCUCUGUCAAGGACGUCGUUGAAAAUAUUUGUCAGUCAAGCUGUGGUGACCUCAGGUCUGCCAUCAACACUCUGCAAUUUGCUUGCUCGAAAGAUUUUGGCAACACGGGCAAAGUGCACAAAAUGCCAGAAACAAAGAGGCGGAAAACUGAGGCACUGGCUAAGCAGGGAAGUGAGAAAUUGGCCAAGAUCGGAGGACGAGACGCCCCUGACGACUUUUUCCACACCAUCAGCAGGACUUUGUAUGCCAAAAGGCUGGACGAUGGAAAUUUCAAAACCUCACCAGACGAAAUAGUUGCGAAUGUUUCUGAUCGAACCGAUAUGUUCACCGGCUUCAUGCAAGAAAACUAUUUGGACUUUAUGCCAGACAUUCAAUCUGCUGCCAAAUGUGCUGAAAACUUUGAGCUGGUUUCCCGUCUCUUCAGAAAUUCAUUCGAUAAGCCGGUUCUGCAAGGCAUGGGUUUGGAUGUGGUUACGAGAGCGGUCAUGUCGGCAAAAAGGGUCAAAAGUCAGACUUCGUCAUUCAAAAGCCACCGCAAACCAAAAUACAUCCAAGUUGAGAAAAAUCUCCACCAAUUAAAUAUGGAUUGUAGGAGUUCAUUUUCACUCUACAACACUUCAAGCCAAGCACUUCUGACUGAAAUUUUGCCUUACAUGACUGUCAUUCAGCCUCCUCGCCUUAGCUCUGGACAAACUGCUCUUGUGAUGAAGAUGGCGUUAGAAAGGCCCGUGUUUCUUAAGCCCUCAGUUCCUGUUUGUGGAAAUGCUCAAAAUGGAUCAGAGAAUGACCCUGAAAUGAAGAUUGAAGAGGUUGAUAGUGAUUAAUUUCCCAUCAAAAUGUAAAUCCAAAGAUAAAAAAUUAUUUAUUAACAAAUCCGUAAUCAGUCAUUUCAACUAAAAAUAAAAAAUGUAAAACUAAUUUGGUUUUAGAACAGCAUUUGGUUAGCUGACUUUUAGAGUGCGCCUUUCAAUAGGAGAAGUAAAUGAGAAAGAAGCUAUGAUUGACUAAAUCAUACUGAGUAUCAACAAGUUUCAAUGUGACAAUCAGUACCAAUAAUCCCAAAUGCAGUUAGCUCCAAUUUAAUUUAUUGAACCAAACAAAUCGCGUGGCGCUGCUCGAAUUGAAACUUAAACGUCGGCAGCUUCGUGCAGUCUCGCCAAUUACGUUUCCCACGCAUUCACGCGCCCCACACCAACACAGCAUUAUAAUAAUGUGCCACCAUGAAAAAGUUGCAUCUUGAUAUAUAUGUAGAGAGGGUGAAAAGUGAGAAAGAAAGUUUUUGUGGUCAGUAUCGUCAAAAGCUUGAACCCGCAUUGCGCAACACACGGAGCGAGGGGCGCGCCACGUGCCCCCCAUGCCGCUCUCUCGCUCGCAGGGGUGGCGCGUCUCACCCCCGACCGACCGCACGCGCGCCCUCAUAAGGGUGCAUUACGCGAUCAUUUUAGAGCACCCUAAUUAUAUGUAUAUGCGCACUAGAGGUGGAAUCCAGGAAUGGGGGCUACAAAAAUUGUUGCGUCGAAAAAAUAAAAUUCAUUGCGUUUA